CUCGCACAACCAAUACGCAUCGACCUCUCCUUGCACAAUAACACCGGUGACGUCAGUUUUCAUCCAGCCAAUGGCAUGCCCAGUAGGAAGGCCUCAUGACAACCACUUUAACGACACCGACGCGAAGCAAGACACGUCCCACCCCAGCCUCGCCGAGUGAGAAACGUAUCGGCCGCUGUACGAAGGAGCAAAGCCUGAAGCAUCAAAGCUUCGGCUGGUUACAUUAUAUAAAAGCUGCGCACCACGCGUCACACUUACAUAAAAAUAUAUACACACCAACUACAGACGUGCGAUUGGAUGAAGAACACACCAAAGCGCGUUGCCUGAGAGUGCUGAUCCCCCCGUAUACAUACGCAGCUAGCAUGCUUCUCAACUGCACACUGCAAAGCGCCAGAUAUCCACUUUGUGCUCGGUGCUCGGUCUAGAUGGAUCGGCUGAUGGGGAUUCGAAUCAAGGUCUCGGCGGCCAUUCUACUCCUGCUUCUCCCUUGCCUUAGAGCCGCUGCGCCUCACUUGCCCGUGGAACAGUGGAAAUCCAGGAGCAAGGCUGAUUGGGUGAAAGCCUGGAACACAGAGCGACACGUGGACACAUGUAACGAGGCCCUACUACCUGUCUGGGACAUAGCCUGUCAAAAUGACAUACGGAAGAUUAGCAAAAGAACGGAUCGAGAGUUUGUAAAGGAAUGGAACGCCAAGAACUUCUUGGCGGGCAGUCGGAGGAGAAAACGCGGCCUGAACGAAGAGUGUUGCCAUGAGGACCUAGGCUGCGUGUGGGAGGAGGUGGCAGAGUACUGCGUCAUGCACGGCCGAGAGAAACACGAAGACGGUAGCCCCGUGCGACGCAGGCCUGGCAGGAGGCGCUAAUGGCCGACUCGAGACCCAGACUAACACCCAACGAAGAAUGUGUAAAAUAUAGACUGUUGUAUACAUACAUUGUCAUUCUUGAAAUCAGUUAACACUUUUGAACAAUUUUUGUUUGACGAAUGAUGAAAUUAGGAAGUUAAGUUAUUGAGCUUACUAUAAUAUAAGACAUACAUACGUUAUACAUACUGGCUGUGCGAAAAAAAAGGCACCCAAAAGAAGAAGAAUCGAUUUUAACGAGCGCAUCCUUUUUGGGUUUACAUAGCAGUAAAUACAUGCGACCUUUCUAUUGCAUUGAAAGAAUCAGCCUUACGUUCGUAGGUGUAGGAAGCGCCCAUAACAAAAAUCAGUAGCGUAGCAAGAAUCAUAGAGCGCCCUCCAGCGUAGCCCAAGAAACGACCCCCGCUAGUUCUCACAUUUUACAUGUACGGUUUUCCCGCAGUGUAAACUUGGAUUUGAACAACUGAUUCGUGAAUUGACUACGUAUACGUGAAUAGUUUCUUGACUCUAAAAACUAAAAACUAAAUAUCUUGGCACGCAAUAACAAAUGACGCCAUCUGCUUAAUUGGCACUUUAUGUCGUCGCCUGAUUACCCUAGACUAUUGUUUCAUUAGAUUCGUGUGCAUGUACUCAAAGUUGGGUUAUCAAAGAAGGGGACAAAAUUGUAAAGGAAUUUUGCAAUUACGACCUCGGCAGGCCCGUCACCAGCCCUUAAAAUCAAGGGGGCCAUUGUACCAACUAGGGGGCCCACUUCCAUAAAAAAAAAAUACAAAAAUACAUAUGUAUGGCUUUUGCCGGGGGCCAAUUGCUCGCCAAGGGGCGCCCGGCCCCACCAGCCCCCCCCCCCCCCCCCCCUGGCGACGGGCCUGAUCCUCGGUCUCUACUAACAGCGCUAUUAUAAUAGCACAUAAAUUCAUGUGGUAACCAUGUACAAGUAUACUUAUACAAGCACACAAUCCUUACUUACUGAUACGCAUGCACACAAGCCAAAUUCCCAAUUAAAACUGAUGUACGAACAAUUCUUGCUACCCUUAAUUGCGAAGGAGCAGAUCCAUGUAUUAGAACACAUCGCCGCUUAAUCAGAACAUGCGUGAUUCGUAGUGAUUCUCGUUAUUAUCACCUAAACCGAGGGGUUUUUGUUUGCGGUGAGGAUUAAAAAGAGAAAGAUUCCGAGUGGUGCACAAUUACAAACACUAAAAGUAUCAGACCAGAUGCUAAUUAAAAUAGACCUUUAUUGUGUUGCAGUUUCCGUAUACAUAAAAAAUAUAUAAAUGGUGACAGGACUGGUCUUAUUAUAUACGCUGUAUGUGCGCUUUGUAUUUAUGCCUUUGCAAUGAUUGAUAAGCCAGUUGUAUCAAACAAGAGUCGGAAAUAGUUACCAAUGCAAAAUACUUGCAAAAGGAAAUACCUGUAAAGGUUUUCCGUUAUGAAAAACUGUUCUGGUAAGGGUUUGAAAGUUGUCUUUGACAGGAAUUCUAAAUGGUUGAUGCUAAUCCUUCGUGGAAUGAUACGGAAUUCCACUAUACGUCGUGUCAUGUCAACGCGUACAAUUACCACUUUGUUUGUGAACUUCAUGAACCUGAACUUAAUUUAGUGUCACUUUACUUCGUUUUUCGCGACAAAAUGACUGUGAUCUAUAACCACGUGAUCGCGAACGAUUGCUGAAAGUUUUUUCUUCAAUUGUUCGGAUACAAAUUGUAUUUUGAGCACGUUCCACCGAGAAAAAUCUGAGAUGGAGCGUCCAAAGCAGGAACGGGUAUGUUUGUACUUCUCCCAUGCAGCUAAAAAUUGUACCCUCAAAAUGUCCAACAGAACAUUGUGUUUUAAUUCAUAAGUUAUGACCAUAAAGCAUGAAUUAUUGUAAAACUGAGCGUUGCAAUUUCAAUUUAGUCAAUUUAUAGCACGUCCAUUUUGAAUAAUGCAUUAGGCCUAUAUCACUUUUUUUUUAAUUAUUAUGCCUGUGUACUACCACCUUAAUGUUUAUAACUACCUUCGCUCAUCUGAAACAAGUUCCCCGUGGACUUGGUUUGUAAACAAUUCGUAUAAUUUAAAACCUUUUGAUUUUAAGGUUGAAAAAAAAUCUACCGUUUAUAGGUGUUUGUCUUCUUUAUUUGUAAUUUAAAAAAACAACAACCGCAAAAGGCCUUUUAUUCGCUUUAGUAAACUCAUUGACAUGUCGUGUUAUGUCGUGUAGCUUUUUUUGUGAAUACAGAGGGCUUGGGUUUACUCAGUUAUGUAGUUAUGCAGAUGAAAAAUAUGUAGGCCUAUGAUGCCCAAUUUGAUGAAGUCUGUAUAGAACCCAUUUACUGAAAACAGUAGCAUAAAUAGGUUCCCGUGCUCCGCCACUACUAUCGAAAGAAAUAUUGUAACCGACGCACUAAUAUAUUGUACAAAUUUUACUAUACAAACUUUACUGUACAUCAAACUGUACGAACUGACACGCCGCCAUCGAUAUUAAAUCAGAAGUAAUGGUAAAGGUGUACUUUAGGACUCCACUAUCACUUGAGUUCUGAAACGUUUUUCCCUCCAAAAAAGGACUUCUUCAUCCUCUACCAUUCUUUCUUUCCCCUAAUUUUCAAGAUUUGCAACAGUAUGUGACCCAAAAAUUGACUUUAUUGCCAUUUACUUUGUUCUGUGCAUUUAUAUGUACAUCGUGCGUGAGCUCCCACUAUUGCCAUCUUCAUUUCCAUAUUGGGUUUUCUUCGUCAUUGUCGUAAUUUUACCCCCUAAAUUCACUUUUAAAAAAACGCCCUCUUCCCACAAUAUUUGUGUUUCUUUCAACAUCGCCGGCUAGUUUGGCGAGUCCACUAGGAAAGGUAGUCGUGUCAACAUCACCUGCUAUUUUGGCGAGUCCAAUAGGAAAGGUUGUCGAUGUCCUAUGGGGAAAAUGUCUCGAAAUACAUUUUCUAUAGAAUGGCUAGUGGUUGGGAAAUAAAUAUCUUACUAGUGGUCUUGACUUAUUGAACUAUAUACUUGAAGUGCGAACGCGGAGGGUCUAUAUCUCUGGGUGGCAGCAGACAGAUUUCUUUAACCCUGAGCAUGCGCUCCACUGUGUCCCAACGACAUAAUUAUCAACGAACUGUUGUGACUACAAUUUCAUGUCCCAAAUUGUCUCGUCGUGUCUAAAGUUAACAGGUGAUAGACUGAAAUUUACCGACAAACACCCUGUGUACAAAACAGGGAUAACGUACUUUCUACGUGACAUUGUGCAUCAAUUAUUCUGUACACUGCCUAAAUAACGUGUAUGACGAAGAUGUAAUGUAUAUGCCUACUUACACCAGCAGUAGUUACCCUUCUAUUUUUUUCGCCGUUGCCAUUUUUACGGAAGUCGGAAGUUGCGCAUGCGUAAGUUGUCAACAGAAUGGUUCUCGGACUUCACCUCUCUAUUUAAAAAAAAUCCUUCAGAGCCAUUUAACCCGAAAGAAAUAUAAAUCUGGCCUGCGCCAGCUGUUUAGGUGAGUUCAAAACAUAAGGAGGGGUCCUAAAUGUAACUACUGCCAUUGUAUAAUUUAUGUGCGUAGUUAAAUACCGAAGCUUAGUAAGGUAUUCCUUUUUAUUGCCUCGUUUCUGUUCGGAUUCAGUCACACCAACAUGUUUUAAGUGUUAAGAAGAUUCAAAGUGAAGUGGGCAGUCUAUCUUCAUGUCCUUAGAUUAAAAACACUGAUCGUAACAAUAACCCGUUGAGUAUCCUAGCAGCCCUUCGCCGUUUGAAUUGAGAUGUCUCACCUAGUUUUCGUUACUGUGAUGUACGGGUGUUUUCCUUGUAAUUUUUGUUAUUUGCUUCAUUUCCGUUAUUGAAAUUAAAGAACACAGCGUUAGCCUAGGAAUCCAAAGUAAAAUGUCGUCACGAUUUGAUGACCGCUCAUCAAGCAGGUAAUAUCACAGCUUUAAUCAAAUUUCGACCCCAAAAAUUUUAUUUUUAAAAUUGAUAAUUGAUAUUUGGGAUUUAUGAUGGCAGGAUAAUAAAGAACAAAAUGAACUGUU